AUGAGCUCCAUGAACAACACAGCGCUGUAUUGCGAUGAAAACCUUUCCUUUGUCGUUCGUCAAUUAAAGGAAAGCCAUGUUCCCGGCGAUGGAGAGGUCCUUAUCGAGACAAUCUACUCGGGAGUCAAUCCAGCAGAUGCGAAGCAUGCUACGCUACUCGGAAUCUAUCCGGCUAUUCUUGGUUAUGAUUUUUGUGGCAGAGUACUCAAAGCCCCGACAGGCUCCAAGUUCCAGCUCGGAGACCUUGUUGCAGGAUACACGCCCACCGGUGUCGGCAGACCGGCAAAAUAUGGAACACAUCAAAAAAGUUUGGUGUGUCCGGAGGACAUGUUGUUUUCCGUGCCCUCGAAUCUCCCACCACAUCAUGCGGCAUGCUUAGGCGUUGUGACAAUGACGGCUUGUGACGCACUCUACAAUAUCUUCAAGUUCCCCCUGCCAGCGAAGAAUGCGGGAGCCAACAAAGUUAGCCCACUUGUUAUCUGGGGUGCAUCCAGCAGCGUCGGACUCUCGGCUGUUCAACUAGCCCGGGCUAGUGGGAUAUACCCCAUCCUUGUGACUGCAUCGCCGAAACAUCAUCCACUCUUGUUACGUCUGGGUGCCACACGUUGCUUUGAUUACAGAUGUCCCCACGUCGCCUCGAAUAUUCUAUCAGCAUUGGAGCAGGAGCGGUGGGGUCCGGUCUUGCAGGGAUUUGAUACAGUUGGAAGUGUCGAAACAGGCUCAGGCCCAGGCUCGGCGCAGUUAAUGGCGGAAUGUGUUUCCAAAGAUGCGACACUUGUAUCUGUGGUUGUGCAAAAGGAUCCCCGGUACAAAAUGCCAUUCGCUACUCCCAACAGAGACGCGACGAUUAAAGUGAAGGAGGUCCCUCAUCCGAUCACUAUUCCUGCACGGAAAGCGGAUUAUGAGCGAGCAUGGAAGGCACUCCAGUGGGCUGUCGCACAAUAUGGCUCACACUUCCAGCUCCCUUCCGUGGAGAUAUUCAAUGGGAGUGCAGAAGAGGCUAUGAACAAAUUGCUAGAGCUAGCUAGUCAUGGCCGUGGCUUGGGAAAGUUAGUGCUCGAGCAUCCCCUGCAAUAA